GCUCUUCAAUCCCAUCAUUGACCCAGAGCCCCAUUCUGAGUUUCUGAAGGGGAGCAGUGCCAUCUGGUGGCAGACUGAGGCUGCACCAGGAGCAGGCCAAGCCAUGACUACAGUAGCGGUGCAUGUGGACUCCAAAGCUGAGCUCACUACCCUGCUGGAGCAGUGGGAAAAGGAACAUGGCAGUGGGCAGGACAUGGUACCUAUCCUUACCAGGAUGUCUGAAUUGAUUGAAAAAGAAACUGAAGAAUAUCGUAAGGGGGAUCCAGACCCAUUUGAUGACCGACAUCCUGGUCGAGCUGAUCCAGAGUGUAUGCUGGGCCACUUGCUGAGAAUACUCUUCAAGAAUGAUGAUUUCAUGAAUGCACUGGUGAAUGCAUAUGUGAUGACAAGCCGAGAACCCCCUUUGAACACUGCAGCUUGCAGACUUCUAUUGGACAUCAUGCCAGGGCUAGAAACUGCUGUUGUCUUUCAAGAAAAGGAGGGAAUUGUUGAGAAUCUUUUCAAAUGGGCCCGAGAGGCUGAUCAGCCAUUGAGGACGUAUUCUACUGGACUGUUAGGAGGUGCUAUGGAGAAUCAAGACAUUGCUGCCAACUAUAGGGAUGAGAAUUCACAGCUGGUGGCAAUAGUACUUCGAAGACUGAGGGAGCUACAACUUCAGGAAGUGGCUUUGCGGCAGGAAAACAAGCGUCCCAGCCCGCGAAAGCUCUCCUCUGAACCCCUUUUGCCUCUGGAUGAAGAAGCUGUGGAUAUGGACUAUGGCGACAUGGCUGUAGAUGUAGUGGAUGGUGAACAAGAGGAAGCCUCUGGGGACAUGGAGAUUUCCUUUCAUCUUGAUUCAGGCCACAAGACUAGUAGUAGAGUGAACUCAGCAGCCAAACCUGACGAGGGAGGAUUGAGGAAAAACAAGUCAGCAAAACAGGGUGACAGAGAGAGUUUUAGGAAGGCCAAGCAGAAGUUGGGUUUCUCAGCAUCUGAUCCAGAUCGUAUGUUUGUUGAGCUAUCUAAUAGCAGCUGGUCAGAAAUGUCCCCUUGGGUGAUUGGCACCAAUUAUACUCUUUAUCCUAUGACUCCUGCUAUUGAGCAGCGACUCAUUCUCCAGUAUUUGACCCCCCUAGGAGAAUAUCAGGAGUUACUUCCCAUAUUCAUGCAACUUGGAUCACGGGAAUUAAUGAUGUUCUAUAUUGACCUGAAACAGACUAAUGAUGUCCUGCUUACAUUUGAGGCACUCAAGCACCUUGCAUCUCUCCUGCUCCAUAACAAGUUUGCCACAGAGUUUGUUGCGCAUGGUGGAGUACAGAAAUUACUGGAAAUUCCUCGUCCUUCUAUGGCUGCAACUGGUGUAUCCAUGUGCUUGUAUUACCUGUCCUACAACCAGGAUGCCAUGGAAAGAGUUUGUAUGCAUCCCCACAAUGUUCUGUCUGACGUGGUGAACUAUACUCUGUGGUUAAUGGAAUGUUCUCAUGCCUCAGGAUGCUGCCAUGCUACCAUGUUUUUCUCAAUUUGCUUCUCCUUCCGGGCUGUGUUGGAGCUCUUUGACCGCUAUGAUGGUCUUCGUCGUCUGGUGAAUUUGAUCAGUACUUUGGAGAUUCUAAAUUUGGAAGAUCAGGGUGCACUUCUGAGUGAUGAUGAAAUAUUUGCUAGCCGCCAAACUGGGAAACAUACCUGCAUGGCCUUGCGCAAGUACUUUGAGGCUCACCUGGCCAUUAAAUUGGAACAAGUAAAACAGUCACUUCAGAGGACUGAGGGUGGCAUUCUUGUCCAUCCUCAACCCCCAUACAAGGCGUGUUCAUAUACUCAUGAACAGAUUGUGGAAAUGAUGGAGUUUUUGAUAGAGUAUGGUCCAGCGCAACUAUAUUGGGAACCAGCUGAAGUCUUCCUGAAACUUUCUUGUGUUCAACUCUUGUUGCAGCUUAUUUCUAUUGCCUGCAAUUGGAAGACCUAUUAUGCAAGGAAUGAUACUGUGCGCUUUGCUUUGGAUGUUCUGGCUAUUCUCACUGUUGUGCCAAAAAUCCAGCUGCAGUUGGCAGAAUCAGUGGAUGUGCUAGAUGAGGCUGGCUCCACCGUCUCCACUGUAGGUAUCAGCAUUAUUUUGGGAGUGGCUGAGGGUGAGUUCUUUAUCCAUGAUGCUGAAAUUCAGAAGUCAGCACUUCAGAUUAUCAUCAAUUGUGUUUGUGGCCCGGAUAACCGAAUUUCCAGUAUUGGCAAGUUUAUCUCUGGAACUCCUCGGAGAAAGCUGCCUCAGACUCCGAAAAGUAGCGAGCACACCCUGGCCAAGAUGUGGAAUGUGGUUCAGUCCAACAAUGGCAUCAAGGUGCUCCUGUCCUUAUUAUCCAUCAAGAUGCCCAUCACUGAUGCAGACCAGAUAAGGGCUCUGGCCUGCAAGGCCCUAGUGGGCCUUUCUCGAAGUAGCACUGUCCGGCAGAUCAUCAGCAAACUGCCCCUUUUCAGCAGCUGCCAGAUCCAGCAGUUGAUGAAGGAGCCUGUGCUGCAGGACAAGCGCAGUGACCAUGUCAAGUUCUGCAAGUAUGCUGCUGAGCUCAUUGAACGAGUGUCAGGAAAGCCUCUUCUCAUUGGCACUGAUGUGUCUCUGGCACGACUGCAAAAAGCAGAUGUUGUUGCCCAGUCAAGGAUUUCCUUCCCUGAGAAAGAGCUGCUUCUGUUGAUACGUAACCAUCUCAUUUCUAAAGGGCUUGGGGAGACAGCAACCGUGCUGACGAAAGAGGCUGACUUGCCCAUGACUGCCGCUUCUCAUUCUUCUGCCUUCACCCCAGUCACUGCUGCUGCUUCUCCUGUCUCUCUUCCCCGAACACCUCGCAUCGCCAAUGGCAUUGCAACUCGACUGGGCAGCCAUACUUCUGUGGGUGCCACUGCCCCUCCUGCCCCCACUGCCCAUCCUCAGCCACGGCCCCCCCAAGGUUCACUAGCCUUGCCUGGCCCAUCUUAUGCAGGCAAUUCCCCCUUGAUUGGUAGGAUCAGUUUUAUCAGAGAGAGGCCAUCACCCUGCAAUGGCAGGAAAAUCAGAGUGUUGCGGCAGAAGUCGGACCAUGGCGCCUAUAGCCAAAGCCCAGCCAUAAAAAAGCAGUUGGACAGACAUCUUCCUUCCCCACCUACGCUGGACAGUAUCAUCACAGAAUAUCUUAGAGAGCAGCAUGCUCGCUGCAAGAACCCAGUUGCCACCUGCCCACCUUUCUCCCUCUUUACUCCUCAUCAGUGUCCUGAGCCAAAACAGAGGCGGCAAGCGCCAAUAAACUUUACCUCAAGGCUAAACCGCAGGGCAUCAUUUCCAAAGUAUGGAGGGGUGGAUGGCGGAUGCUUUGAUAGGCACCUUAUCUUUAGCAGGUUCCGUCCUAUUUCAGUGUUCAGGGAAGCCAAUGAGGAUGAGAGUGGUUUCACUUGCUGUGCAUUCUCAGCACGGGAGCGGUUCCUGAUGCUUGGCACCUGCACUGGGCAGUUGAAGCUCUAUAAUGUGUUUAGUGGACAAGAGGAGGCCAGCUAUAACUGUCACAACUCGGCUAUCACACAUCUUGAACCUUCCAGGGAUGGGUCCUUGCUGCUGACAUCUGCUACUUGGAGCCAGCCUCUGUCUGCACUUUGGGGAAUGAAAUCAGUAUUUGAUAUGAAGCAUUCCUUCACAGAAGAUCACUAUGUUGAGUUCAGUAAGCACUCUCAGGAUCGAGUCAUAGGUACAAAAGGAGACAUUGCCCACAUUUAUGAUAUUCAGACUGGCAACAAGCUGUUGACUCUGUUUAACCCAGAUCUUGCCAACAACUACAAGAGGAACUGUGCCACCUUUAAUCCUACAGAUGAUCUUGUCUUAAAUGAUGGCGUCCUCUGGGAUGUCCGCUCUGCACAAGCCAUCCACAAGUUUGACAAGUUCAACAUGAACAUCAGUGGUGUUUUCCAUCCAAAUGGGCUGGAGGUCAUCAUUAAUACUGAGAUUUGGGAUCUUCGCACUUUCCAUCUUUUACACACAGUUCCUGCUCUGGAUCAGUGUCGUGUUGUGUUCAACCACACGGGGACAGUGAUGUAUGGAGCUAUGUUGCAGGCAGAUGAUGAGGAUGACUUAAUGGAAGAGAGGAUGAAAAGCCCUUUUGGAUCAUCCUUCCGAACAUUUAAUGCAACUGACUACAAACCUAUAGCAACCAUUGAUGUGAAACGGAACAUCUUUGACCUGUGUACAGACACCAAAGACUGCUAUCUUGCUGUCAUUGAGAACCAAGGCAGCAUGGAUGCUCUGAACAUGGACACGGUAUGCAGGCUGUAUGAAGUGGGCAGGCAACGUUUGGCAGAGGAUGAGGAUGAAGAGGAGGACCAGAAGCAGAUGGAAGAGGAAGAACAGGAGGAAGAAGAUGACGAUGAAGAUGAUGACGACACUGAUGAUCUAGAUGAGCUUGACACUGACCAGUUGCUGGAGGCGGAGUUGGAGGAGGAUGACAACAACGAGAACGCAGGGGAGGAUGGGGACAAUGACUUUUCUCCCUCUGACGAGGAGCUAGCGAACCUUCUAGAGGAGGGAGAGGAUGGGGAGGACGAGGACUCUGAUGCGGACGAGGAAGUGGAACUGAUCCUGGGGGACAGACAAGUUUCUGAAGUUGACCCCUGACCAUGCUAAUGAAUCCCAAAUAAACCAGCUGUUAGUUCUAAGAGUUUGCUGGCUCUGCAAUUACACUCUACCCAUUUCAAGAGGACAUAUCUGGCUGCCUGUUGACAGUGACGCACUUGCUGUGGUCCUGGUUCUUCCUUGUGCUACCCUGGCUGACUGGGGAGCAGUCUCUCUGAUACCCAGCCAUAUUCAUGUAGCUAACCCGGCCAGGAUUCUCACAACUAUGGCAGGUAUUAUGCCUAAUAUGGUGGCUACUAACCACAUGCAGCCAUUAAAAUUUUAAUUAAAUUAAAAAUUCAUUUCCUCAUUCAUGUCCACAAUUGAAGUACUUGGCAGCCACAUGUGGUUACCAUAUCGAACAGCACAGAUGCAGAACACUUACAUGAAAUUCAUUUACAGGAAAUACUAUGUGCUGGCCUAGGCCCAACUUAUGCCAAGCGUCUUCAUAGUAGUUGCUUGGUUUUUGUAAUCAUUGGCGUUUGGUGGUAGGAGGAAUGUGUGUGUGUGUGUGUGUGUGUGUGUGUGUGUGUGUGUAAGCAGAGGGUGGUUGCGGUAUAUAUUUAAACAUGUAUAAAAGAUUCUAUUCCACAGUGACCCAAAUCCAAUUUCUUUGGGAUAAAUCUUACAUGUGCUUCUAACCUUCAAGAUGGAAGGCAGUUGGCUUAGGGGAGACUUUGUUACAGAAAUCCUCUUGGUGAAGUUGUAUUUUGAGGAGGCUCUGUGGGGGUUGGGAGGGAGUGCCUUCUCUAUCUGCUCGUCUGCUCUUUACCAGCUUCCAGUUUUCUAUAUUGGAGGUUGAGGUGAUUCAGUGGAGGAGGACUUGCCUUGUCCCUAGCCAUGGUCAGAGAGCCAGGUAAGAGGGACUAAGGGUCAUGGACACAUGACAGUAUUGAUGGGAGUAAAAGGACAAUUUUUAGUGAACUUUUUGUCAUCUGUGAAUAGUGCCACAUGGGGUACAAGUUGUGUUUCCUUCAAUUACAAGUAACAAGGCCAGGAGUGCAGCUGGCAGCGGUGCUCCUGACAUGAGAUGGUCACUCAUUUUUUUAUUCUUGAAUAUAAAGCCACUAAAUUUGUUUUUGGCCUGUAAAAUUACUGCCUCCUUUAUUAACUCUUUAGGAAAUUCCUUCAGGCGCAAGAGGUAAUCUGGAGAACCUUAAUUCUUUUAGCAAUGAGAAUAUUACUUUAUUUUGGUGGGAAUAUUUAUGAUGUGAAUAUGCUGUAAUAGUCGACAACUUGAGGACAUUUCAGCUUGGGCUCCAGAACAGAGGUGGUGAUAUGGAGGCAGCAUGGAUAUAGCAUGUACUGCAUUGCUGUCUGUUUUGUAGAGAACAACCCCCACCCCCCGGCCCCGUCCCGGAGUUUACAGCAGAGCAGAGGGAGCUACUCAGAUUAGCUCUUAACCUUUCUGAGCUCAUGUAGUAGCCCUUUUAGGAUGUGAUGAAAGUCACUGAGACUAUUGAAAACCACAGCCCUGUGCCACCCCAUAACUUUGCUAGGCCCAGGUCCUAUAGAGAGCCAAUGAUCAGUUUCACAUGCAGAGCCCCAGCCCUAGGAAGAGAAAACACCUUGACGCUGAAGUCUUGUGUGUUUCUCUGUUGCAGUCAGUUCUGCUUUCCCCAAAAGCUUGUGUGUUGUAGAGGCAGCAGGUUAAAGCAGGGAUUGAUUUUUUACAUCUAGACUGCCUUUGACUCAGAGGGUCUUUCAGAAGGAGAGGUCCUGACCAGAGUCUGGGGUUGGGGCUCUUCAACACUUGAGGGUGAGAAGAGGCUAAGGAAGCUAGAGAAAGAUGUCCUGUCACCUGACCACCAAGAAUGGAGUCUGCAUCCAGGCCCUGAAGCUUCUCUCAGACCCUGUGCCUGAUUUGCUUAAAGAUUGUGUCUCAGUCCUUGUGCAGCUGCAUUUAUACUCCUUAGAUGUGAGGCACAGUUGUUAAGCUCUUAGCAGCUGCACAGCUGACAGUCAGGUGUCAGGCAGGUGGUCUGGCAUUGUUGGAUCAUACAUCACAGGAGCACUAGGGGACUCCCUGGAGGUCUGCCACAGCUGGGACACAGUGCUGUGCUUGGCUGUGGAGAGCAGGCCCUACCUUUUUCUGUUGGCGCUUCCUCCUGGAGUUCUUGCAGCAGGGAAGCUGACAAGGCCGUUUGGUUCAGCUCAGAUGUUAGUUCUCUGAUCUUCCUGCCCUGACAUCCCUGCUCCUCACCAGUAGUCGGGUUGUGCUUGUGCCCUUGUAGGCCCAGAAGCACUGACUUUUCCAGUUACCUCUCUUGUUUACAUUCAGGGCUUUCUUGUAUCACAGCCGUCUGUUUGCUGGUUUCAUUUUAUCCACUUCAGUUUUCUUUGUAAAGGAGAUUGUAGUGAAUGAAGGAAGGUUUGGGAACAUGCAUUGUUCUUGCCUCAGCUUUCCUGAGAGUUCUCAGGUAUCUGGGAAAGGCUGAUGGGGAAUUUUUUGGAACCAUUGGUGUCCCUCUCUAUGUGGGAACUCCACAGCCUGUGGGCAUUUGCAAGGCUCCCGCUCACAAUCUGUCUACUUCCUUGGAGACCUUGUUAAAAAGGUCUCAUGGCUUCCUGAACUGUAAUCAACAGGGGCACCAAGACCUUUCCCUCACCUUCCUUCAGCAAGUACUAGAGUCCUUAGGAGCCUAGGUACUAUGUUUCCCUCCGAUCUUGAUCAGCCAGACAAUGGUGUAUCUACCUCAUUUUGAAGGUUCUUUUGCCUAGUUUCAUUCCUCAGUGGAUCCUUCCAGAGGUGUUAAUGUGGUCUAUUCACUGCCUGAGAAGGCCGAUGGUCAAGCGGAGUGCUCCUCCUGUGCCAGAGACACGGUGCCACCUUCCACGGUGUCAUAGCUACUCCCUGCUGGUCUCCAACCUAGAGUUUCUAGGUACUCCUCCUCUGGUGUUGCUGCAUGCUGGCCUGUACCUUUCUGGGAGCUUGUUCCCUGCUGAUUAUAUUCAGAACUUACAGAGGAAUGAAUCCUAGGUUGACAGUCUCUACCCUUAUGAGGUCUUUGAUAAGAGAGUUGUUGAGAGUUUAAGAGAAAUCUCACUCUUGCUUGGGCUUGGACUCCCUUUUUAGUAGUCCUAGGGGGAUCGGGCAGGCCUGUGCACCCAUCCCUGAAGGACACGAGGCCAAAGGGCUCAGUCAUUACUCCCUCAGCCCUGCCCCUUUGCAGCUAUGCAGAAGCUUCAGGGCUUGCCCUGUCCCUUUAGUCAGCCCCCCCCCCCCCCCCACCCCCAGCAGGAAGCACCUCUAGAAAGCAGAGAGCAUUGCAUCCAGGCCCUUUGAAAGGCACGAGAGUAAAAGGCCCCAGGGUGGCCACUGUUGCCAACAAGUAAAUUCUCCAGAGCCAGCUCCAAGUAGUUAAUUGUUGUGUUUUCUCCUUUCUGGAAAGUGGCAGUUAACUCUGCUCAAGCAUAAAUGUGUGUAUGUAGGUGUUUCCUUCCUAAAAGCUUCCUGUAAGCCUAGUGCAUAACCUAGUCUCUCUGUCUUCUUCCC